CCCUGCCCCUGCCCCUGAGCGGCCUUCAAAUCCACCCGCUGUUUCCCCGCCUUCCCCUUGGCGCGCAGCUCCGGAGCGCCCGGCCGGCGCCGUCCGGUGGGUCGGCUCAGCUUCUUGGAUCUCGGGCGAGACUGACAGACCCGUCGGUCCCGGCGCUCUCGCGGCGAUUCCGAUUGCUCGCUUGCUGAUGGAUGUGGCUACUCCCUGUGCGAUGGCUGCGUGAAGGUUGGAUUGGGUCUGUCGGCCACGGGAUUGGAUCUUGGCGAGGUUCCAGAAGCCCGAAUUUGCUGUGUCUGUCGGACUGGAUAGCCGCCGCUGCCGCCGCUGCGAUUUCCUACCGGGCGGCGAUGGCCAACCACGAGCUGGUCCUCGGACACGGGCAGGACGCGGAGCUGGCGCUGGGGCCGAACCACCACGACUUCGGCCACAGCCACGACCUCGACCUGGGCGGCCACGCGCACGACCACGAGCUCGUCCUGGGCCAGUCGCACGAGCACGACCACGAGCUCGUUCUGGGCCAAUCACAUGAGCGUGACCACGAGCUCGUGCUGGGCCAGUCGCACGAGCACGACGACGAGCUCGUCCUCGGCCACCACCACGAUGAUGACCACCAGCUCGUCCUCGGGCACGACCAUCACCACCACCAUGACGAGCUCGACUUGUCGGAGAGCCACGAGCUGACGCUCGCCGAGACGCACCACCUGGGUGUUGACCAUAAUCUCGACCAGCUCUCGCUCGAGCAGGCUCACGAGCUCGCGCUGCAGCCACACGACUUCUCCCAGGGUCCUCUCGCGGUCGCUCCUGUCGUCCAGUCGCGGACCAUGGUCGUGAGCCCCGAGUUCCAGCUCGCAGUGGGGCAGGAGUUCCCCGAUGUGAUGAGCUGCCGCAGGGCCAUCCGCAGCACCGCCAUCGCCUGCCACUUCGAGAUACAGACGGUCAAGUCCGACAAGACCCGGUUCACCGCCAAGUGCGCCGCCGAGGGCUGCCCGUGGCGCAUACACGCAGCGAAGCUCGCCGGCGUGCCCACCUUCUCCAUCAGAACCAUCCACGACACCCACAGCUGCGUGGGGAUCAGCCAUCUCGGCCACCAGCAGGCGUCUGUCCAGUGGGUCGCAACCACCGUCGAGGAGAGGCUACGCGAGAACCCGCAGUGCAAGCCCAAGGAAAUCCUGGAAGAGAUCCACAAGGCCCACGGGAUCACGCUGUCCUACAAGCAAGCCUGGAGAGGCAAGGAGCGGAUCAUGGCCGCCGUCCGAGGGUCCUUCGAGGAAGGGUACCGUCUCUUGCCGGAGUACUGCAGGCAGGUGGAAAGGACGAAUCCAGGAAGCAUAGCUCGAGUCUAUGGAAACCCAGACGACAGUUGCUUCCGGCGGCUCUUCAUAUCGUUCAACGCAUCGAUCUAUGGCUUCAUCAACGCGUGCCGCCCGCUUAUCGGGCUCGACAGGACCCUUCUGAAGAACAAGUAUCUUGGCACCUUGUUCCUCGCCACUGGUUUCGACGGGGACGGCGAUCUCUUCCCUCUGGCGUUCGGCGUGGUCGAUGAGGAGACCGACGAGAACUGGGUGUGGUUCUUGUCCGAGCUGCACGAGUUGCUGGAGAAGAACACGGAGAACAUGCCGAGGCUCACCAUCCUGUCGGACAGGCAGAAGGGCAUCACCGACGGAGUUGAAUUCAACUUCCCGACUGCGUUCCAUGGGUACUGCAUGCGCCAUGUGAGCGAGACCUUCAAGAAGGAGUUCAGCAACCCCGUGCUCGUCAACCUUCUCUGGGAAGCCGCCCACGCGCUGACCGUGAUAGAGUUCGAGACGAAGCUGCUGGAGAUCGAGGACAUGUCGCAAGAAGCUGCCGUUUGGAUCCGGCACCUGCCGCCUCGUCUCUGGGCCACGGCCUACUUCGAGGGGACGAGGUACGGUCAUCUGACGGCGAGCAUCACGGAGUCGCUGAGCUCUUGGAUAUUGGACGCCGCUGGCCUCCCUGUGACCCAGAUGAUGGAGUGCAUCCGGCGCCAGCUGAUGACCUGGUUCAACGAGCGGCGUGAGGCGAGCAUGCAGUGGAGCACGAUCCUGGUGCCCGCCGCCGAGCGCCGCGUGCAGGAGGCCAUCGAGCGCGCGCGCGGGUACCAGGUGGCCCGGGCCAACGAGGCGGAGUUCGAGGUCGUCUCGGCUCACGAGGGGACGAACAUCGUGGACAUCCGCAACAGGUGCUGCCUGUGCCGCGGCUGGCAGCUCUACGGCGUGCCGUGCGCGCAUGGCGUGGCGGCGCUGCUCUCCUGCCGGCAGAACGUCCACCGCUACGCCGAGAGCUGCUUCACCGUGGCGACGUACCGCAAGACCUACUCGCAGACCAUACACCCGAUCCCGGACAAGACGCUGUGGAGUGAGACGGCAGAUCAAGAUCAAGGCCAGGAUGGCGAGGUCAAGGCGGAGAUGGUCAUCAAUCCACCCAAGUCGCUUAGGCCCCCCGGACGGCCGAGGAAGAAGAGGGUAAGAGCGGAGGACCGUGGGCGAGUCAAGCGCGUCGUCCACUGCAGCCGCUGCAACCAGACUGGACACUUCAGAACCACAUGUGCUGUUCCGAUAUGAACAAUGGCAUGAUCAUGGUGUUGGUGUAAAAUACCCCGCUGUAACCACGAACCAGAUUCCAGACUGGACAGUUCAAGACUGGACAGUUCAGGACUUCU